GAUUUUUCACAGCCAACUUCAUUAUCAUCCUAUUUCUGCGACAUUGAACAUACAUUUUUUGUGAAAUUCGUUUGUAUUUUGUGGAAAAACCCUGAGUGAAAAUUAUUUUUAUGUUUAAUGUAGUGUGGUGUGCACGAGGGCAAUUAGUUUUGCGUUUGGUGUGUGCAAAAAAGUGAAGGAUUUAGCCCUCAAAUCCCAUCUUCCUGUUCACCCACCAUCUCCUCCGGCGUGUGACAACUUCCUUCGCGUCGAGUGUGGCGGAAAGAAAAACGCUAAAAUUUCACACCUUGGUGAAAAAGUUCAUCUUUGUGCACCGCAGUGAGCUUCCCGGGAGUAUUCCGGAUGGGAAAACCCCUAUUGAGACAUUGGCUGCUGCAAGUGAAUCGUGUGUUGUUUUCUCUGUGGAAAAGCUGGUGUGUUGUGCAGAGAGUUAUCCAGUAAAGUGAGUGUGUGCGUGGGGGAAAUUAAGGUGAAUUUUGUGGGAGGAAAAAUUGUUUGAGGAAAAUGUCCAGUGAAGAAGACAAACCUCCGGCUCCUCCUGUCCGGUUGACCAGUAACCGGGAUCGAAGCGAUGGAGUCCCUCCUGUUGAGCGUCCCCUUCCGAAAGAGCCUGAUGAUGCUGAUCGGAAGAAAAAGACGCUCAAGAGUAAAAUUAAGGGCUCCAAGGCAUCUCAUACGGAUUCCAAGCCAAAUAUUUCCUAUCCCACGAAUUUUGAGCACACUGUCCACGUGGGAUUUGAUGCCAUUACCGGAGAAUUCACGGGAAUGCCGGAAGCAUGGGCAAGACUUCUAAUGAAUUCAAACAUCAGCAAGCAGGAGCAGAAGAACAAUCCUCAAGCUGUCCUCGAUGUGCUCAAUUGGUAUGAUAACAGCAAACAACGUCCCAGCUCUAAAUACAUGACAAAUGCAACAACAACACAUUCGGCAUCAUCACUAGGGUCGUCGCUGAGUCGUGUUAGCAGCAGUAGCCCAAGUAGCACACCAACGGACUCUGAGUCACAUGGUGGGCCACAGGUGAUACAAUACAAUACACAUCAUCAUCUUCCAGCGCACGUUCCCAGUAUCAUACCAAUGCCACCACAGUCGCAUUUAUCGAGCGACCAAGAAGAUGUGGCACCACCAAUUGCAAGUCGUCCCGAGCGCACUAAAUCAAUCUAUACGAGGCCUAUUGAGAACACACCGACUAGCAUAACGCCACCAAUAUCUGUCCAUCUUAGUCCAACUGUUAAGAGUCCCACGUUGGAUAGAAACAAGAAUAAUGCCACAAUUGGUGUUACGACAAAUGCAAACAACAGUAGCACACCCACGACCAACAAUUCCAUGUCGCCGGUACAGCAGGCGGCGCCCCAGGUGCCAACAAUUGGCACCACGUCGCCCCAGCAGACGCCCAAUGAUGCAAACACGGGAUCACGGGGAACGGUGAAGAAGAAGAAGAUGACGGAUGAGGAGAUUCUAGAGAAAUUGCGCACAAUUGUCAGUGUGGGUGAUCCUAAUCGGAAAUACACGAAAAUGGAGAAGAUUGGUCAGGGUGCUUCGGGGACCGUGUAUACGGCCAUUGAGAGCUCCACGGGCAUGGAAGUGGCCAUAAAGCAAAUGAACCUCAGUCAACAACCCAAAAAAGAGCUCAUCAUCAACGAGAUUCUUGUGAUGCGAGAGAAUAAGCAUCCCAAUGUUGUCAAUUAUUUGGACAGCUAUCUGGUCAAUGAGGAGCUAUGGGUGGUUAUGGAGUACCUCCCAGGGGGCUCACUGACGGACGUUGUCACGGAAACGUGCAUGGAUGAGGGACAAAUAGCUGCAGUAUGCCGGGAAGUGCUGCAGGCCCUUGAAUUUUUGCAUAGCAAUCAAGUGAUACACAGAGACAUCAAGAGUGACAAUAUUCUCCUGGGCCUCGAUGGGAGUGUGAAGCUAACGGACUUUGGGUUCUGUGCACAAAUUUCGCCGGAACAGUCAAAGCGUACCACUAUGGUGGGUACUCCAUACUGGAUGGCACCGGAGGUGGUGACGAGGAAGCAGUACGGACCCAAGGUGGACUUGUGGUCACUGGGAAUAAUGGCAAUAGAAAUGAUCGAAGGGGAACCUCCGUAUCUCAAUGAGAACCCCCUAAGAGCGUUGUACUUGAUUGCAACAAAUGGGAAGCCAGACAUUAAGGAGAAAGAUAAAUUGAGUACAGUAUUCCAAGAUUUUCUCGAUCAGUGUCUCGAGGUGGAAGUAGAACGUCGAGCAAGCGCCUUCGAACUACUUAAACAUCCGUUCCUGAAACUAGCACGUCCACUGGCGAGUCUUACGCCACUUAUUAUGGCGGCAAAGGAGGCAGCAAAAGGACAUUAAAUUGUAAAAACAAACAAAAAAAAGGGUGCAAAGAGACAAGAGAAGAAAAGAAGAAAUAGAGUGGUAGAUAAAUGUGGAAGAAACAUACGUAUAGACAUGAGAGCAUAUAUUUAAUCAAUUUUGCAAGUAUUUAUUGUUUUUUUUUUUAAUAUUAUUUUAUUAUUUGAACUGUAUGAACGAAAAAUUGUAUUAAUUGUGUGUAAACAAUAAUUUAUUUUAGGAAAAAAAAGCGCAAAGAUUUUUAAUUGAGGCGGUAAACAAUGACUGUUGAAUGUGUAAAAGUGGAAAUUUUACGAGAAAAACAAAUUAUCCUUAUUAAUAAAAUUUAAAAAAAAAAUUAUUAUAGUGUACAUUUUUUCGUCUCAAUGUGAGGCGCUUUUUUUUCAAAGUCAAAACAAUUUUAUUCGCAAAAUUUAGUGUAUAGUAAAAAAAAAUGAAUAAAUUAAACUUAUACUUUCGCCUGAGACCAAGAAUGUUUCCUAAACUAUAGUACUUUUUGAAAAAAUUGAGGAAGCACAAGGGAUUAUUAGAUGUGUAUACGCAAUUCUAAAUUGUGUAAAAAAAAGAAUAGAGGAAACUGCGAGAUGUAAAGAGAAAUUUAUAUUGUGAAUAUUGAAUGUGAAAAUCGUACACGGAAGUGCUUUGAGAGUGGCGCAAUUUUUGGGGCACAAUUUCUUGAAGAAAAUGAAAAGAACAAAAAGCAAAGAUAGAAAAAUGAGGGCAUUUCUGUAGGAGAAAUUACAAAAAGUAUUUUUUUUUUCUUUCAACAGAACACUAAUAAAAAUCACAGUAGAAAAAGAAAUUAAGUAUGAAAUGAUUUUUUUUCUAAAUUUUUCACAAGGAAAAAUAUUUCACUACGCUUUAUUUUCACGAGUUUCACAAAUAUAUAUAAUUAUAGAAAAAAAGCAAUCUAUAGUAGAAUUAGGAAAAUAUAUUGUUUAAUCUUCAAUCAGAAAAAAAAAAAACAUUUCAUACUUAAUAACCCCCAAACACAAAUCAGGCUCAAGCAAUGUAUAGUUUUUUUUUAUUUAAAAAUAGCAACACUAAAAGAAAAAUGUUGAGAAAAAAAGACAUAAAAACCAUCUUAGUACGAAAGAGAGGGUCAAAAUAGAUCCAGAAAAUGAAUGGGAUAGAAAAGAAGAAUUGAUAAAAAAUAUAUCUAUAUAAUAUCUCUUGUAUAGUGUGCCUAUUUAUAAAAUAUACAAAAAUAAAUUCAGAUGGAAAACGUUGAUGAUAAACGACAAAAUAUAUUAGUAAAGAGAGGAACACACACGCGUAAAGAGAUAGAAAUUCAUAUAGAGAGAACAGAAAAAAAAUAGAACACUAAGGUAUAAAAAAUUACACCGAAUCUAUAAAAAAUUAUAGGAAUGUAGGAACAAAUUGGAUGCAUGAUGAAUACGUGGUGUGUGCAGGUUUAAGAGGCGAAAAGGAAUCAGGAUAAUAAAAAAAAACUAAAAAGGUUAAUGUGUAUGUAAAGAAUUAAGAUAGAGUGUGAAUGAUAAAAUAAAUAUAAUAGAAAAAAAAUGAGAAAACAAGAUAAAUUUUUUUCAAUUGAUUUCUUGCACAUAUUUCUUGCUACCUACUUAUUGAAAAAAAAAAAACUUAUAUAUUUCCUUAAACACAAGGUAUAUAAAUUUACUAAAAACGAUAUUGCAAUGAUCGGUAAGAGAGGAAAAAGUUUUCUUUAAAAAAAAGUAGUUUUUCUCUUCUAUCGCCAAUAGUUUUGUUAUUUUAUUUUGUAAUAAAUAUUAUAUAUAAUUUAAUUUUAUGUAGAGUAGAGCGAUGAAAAUUUUACAUCUUAAUUCAGCAUAUUCAACUGAAAAAAUGGUAUUAAAAUUGCCUGCAUUUAAUAAAUAGCCAUUAUUAUACAA